GCAGGUACACUUGACACCACGUACGGUUCAAGUGCAAUCAUGGCUGAUUCAUUAUCAGUUAAUGUGGAAUCUAUAGCUAAUCUUGAAUUGCGUGCUAAACAACCACUUAGAACUACCCAUGAGGCUGAACACUCUGGAACAGAAUCACUCAUUUCCAGCAUCCAAAAGGCUAUGGCUGAGUUAUUUGGUACAUACAUUCUUAUAUUUGCUGGGUGUGGUGCUGCUCUUGUAAAAGAGAGUCUGCCACUCACAAUAAUAGGCAUAGCAACCGUUUCAGGACUAGCUUUGACGGUGGCUACUUAUUCAUUUGGUCAUAUCUCAGGUGGCCAUUUCAAUCCUGCAGUUACAAUUGCCUUGGCUGCAUCCCGGAAAUUUCAAUUGAAAUUGGUGCCUACAUAUGUGUUGUGUCAGUUGAUGGGUGCCAUACUGGCCACUGUGACACUCAAAGUGCUGUAUCAUGACAAGGUGGACAUUGGAGUGACAGUGACUCAAUACUUAAGCUCAACUUCUGAUCUUGAAGCAUUGGUUUGGGAAUUCAUAAUCACUUCCAUACUCAUGUUCACUAUUUGCGGUGCUGCAACUGAUCACAGAGGGAGCAAAGAUCUCACUGGGGUUGCAAUUGGCAUUGCAGUUAUGAUUAGCGCCAUCAUUGCCGGGCCUAUUACUGGAGCUUCCAUGAAUCCUGCAAGGAGCUUAGCGCCUGCUAUUGUAUCUGGUGAUUACAAAAACAUUUGGGUUUAUAUCGUGGGCCCUACUCUAGGAGCAGUCUGUGCAAGUGUUCUUUACACCUUUCUAAGAGUAGCCAAACCAGUGAAACCUGAGCCAUUUCAUAUGUGCAGUCAUAAUCCUUUAACUUUGUGAUCCAUAGUCUACCAAAUUAAAAAAUAAAUCUGAACCAUCAAGCUCUCUUUGAGGAUUUGUAAUCUGUAACUGGCCUAAAAGCAAUUUGUGAUUGGACCAGCUCUUGUAAAAGCUCAAGGACUAGUUUUGGAAACAUGCUGCUUUAGCAGUUGUCCCGGAAGUGGUGUUCAAUCCUUGCGUUUCAAAUAUUAAUGUUAAAUAGGAGGUGAGGAUUAUGUUAUAUUAGUUAUUAGCUAGGAAUUGUCCACAUUCAAUAACCUUCUGUUCAUUGUUGCUUGCUAUAUUAGGAUUAUGUAUCUUCCACGAGAGGUAAUUUUGUUCACCCCUAGAAUAUUUACAUUUUGGUGAAGCUAGUUUUCUCGGCGGUUGUUUUUUCCGCCCAUAUCCCUGUUGCUUAUUGUAUAAAUACACAUUGUGUACCUCUUUACUGAAUCUUUGAAUAGCAUAAAACUUGGUUAAA